AUGCAUCUAUUGAUAGCAUUCCUAUUGAUUUCGCCACAGAUUCUCACUAUUGAUGGCAAAGUGGGACCAACUGUUGCCUCCAGAGGCGGACCACCAGCUGCUGAUAAUAUAGGCGACUCUGGUAUUGACGACAAAGACGAGUCUCCCGGUGCCGACGAGGGAGACAAUGGCGGCUCAACCCUCGAUGUCAUAUCUUCUGGGCCUAUGGAUGUGAUGGGAACCCCUCAACCGAUCGGAGACUUGGAGUUUGACGUCGAAGUGGACGAACAAAUCCCACGAAAGGGUCAAAAGGCUCCAGAGGUUGAUGUCGAGGGAGAUAAAAACAAUCCGAUGGGAGACGACGGCCGGGUAUUGUCAGACGUAUCGGUGGAUUUGGUGUCAAAGUCGGUCAAACGGAUCGGUGACAUAGAGCUGGACAUGAAUGUCAUGAACGCUAAGACCCGACACCCGCACCACCAGAAUCCAGAUGAGCCGGGCAAUGAGGAGGACGUGGCUCUACAACAACAACAGGGGGACCAGACUCCUGAUGCCACUCCUGAUCCCGCUGCAAACCCUGAUAAUCCGCCUCCCGGUGAAGCGACUUUACCUCCUGAAGCUCCAGUGGAUCCCGUGAACCCAGGUAAUGAUACGACUACUGCAGCUGAUAAUGGAGGACCGCCUACAAAUGAAACCCCCGCUGCCGAUCCCCCACCCCCACCACCACCCGAUGAGACCACAAGUCUUGGUGACCCGCCCACGACCCGACCGACACCGACCACUACUAAGCCCGCGGGUGGAAAGGGUGGCAAUAAAUCCAUUCCUUGGGUCCCAAUAGUGAUCGCUUUUAUCAUCAUUUGUGUCGUUCUCAUUGGACUCAUUUGGUGUUAUACGAGAUUCAAUAACAUUACCAAAAGUCUGGAUAACUCGAUGGAAGAGCCCAGAAUCGGUGCGGCCACACUCGCGAAGCCUACGUCCACAACAGACGGACCUCCCGGUGAGACCACAUCGGAGGGAAUGGGAGCACAGAAUCCUAAGUCUAAGUCCGACGAUAAGUUGGACCAAAUUCUGGAGCCAAAAUAUAUAUGA